AUGAAUUCGAAUGAAUACAGAAUCAUUAUUGAAAAUGGCAUCGUGUUGACUCUCGAUGAUGCUGAUACUGUCUAUUUUCCAGGUAUAGUAGUCAUUGAGAAUGAUCGAAUCACACAUGUCAUCCAAGGCAGUUCGUUCGAAGGUGCGCGUCGUGAUUCCGACGUCUUUAUUGAUGCUUCACGAAAACUCGUAAUGCCUGGACUGGUCGAUCUUCAUUACCACACUGCAAUAGCGAAAGGAUGGAAUGAUCAUAUGCCAUUGUGGGAAUACUUAGAUGCAUGCUGGUAUCCUGCUAUUCGGGCAUUAGAUGACGAUGCUUCCUACUGGUCAGCCUUGGCAAGUUACUCCGAGUCCAUAAAAUGUGGGACUACAACAGUGAAUGACAUGUACCGUAAACUGGACGGAGUCGCAAAGGCUGCAAAAGAAAUAGGUAUUAGAGCCGUACUGUGUAACGAUGUUGCUUUGGCAGAACAUAAUCUUGACAGUCUUCAAGACAAUAUUGAUACGUUCCAUCGUCAUCAUAAUACUGCAGAAGGUCGGAUCGAAGUACGAUUAGGAAUCGAAUGGUUGCCAUUGUCGUCGCCAGAGCAAUUACGUGAAACGCGGCAGUUAGCCAAUGAACUCGGUAUAGGCAUUCACAUUCAUCUGAAUGAAUCACUUACAGAGGUUGAAGAUAGUGUGAAACGUUUUGGAAAACGACCUACAGAAGUGGCGUACGAAGCGGGACUUCUCGGUCCGGAUUGCAUAGCUGCCCAUUGUGUACAUCUUGAUGAUCACGAAAUAUCUCUUAUGGCCCGCACCGGGACAAAUAUCUCUCACAAUCCAGUCUCCAAUGCUAAGCUCGGUAACGGUAUUGCUCGAUUACCAGAAAUGCUUGCUGCAGGACUAAACAUCGGUCUUGGACAUGAUGCAGCCGAAUGCAAUAAUUCUCGGGACAUGUUCGAAGUAAUGAAAUUUGCUUCCCUCAUACAUCGUGCUUCUCGUAAAGACGCUUCUCUUGGACAGGCUCCUGAUAUUGUACGAAUGGCAACAAAAAAUGGCAGUAAAGCUCUCAGACAUUCAACGGGUCAACUCAUCCCGGGUUAUAAAGCAGAUAUUAUUCUCAUUAAUUUGAAUGAUGUAGUGUUCACACCUUUGAAGCCUGAUUCAGUUGCACAGCUUCUCAGUCAUCUUGUUUUUGCUGCGAAUGGAAGUUGUGUCAACACCACCAUCAUUAACGGACAGAUUGUCAUGCGUGAUCGAAAACUACUCACAGUCGAUGAGAAUCUUGUGGUAACGGAAGCAAAUAAAGCAUUUUUGAGAAUAUUAAAACAGAUGGAAUAA